ACACAUUCCCAUGUCUACAAUACAUUACAUCCAGCCAGACCCUACAUUCUCUUGGAUCUGUUAGGAACACUUGUACUUGGGUCUGUUCUUUCUUCACUGUCUUCUUCUUCUCUGCUCAGGAGCAGUGGGUUUAGAAGGAGCUGACAGAAGGACUGCUACCAUGGCUGAUGGAAAGGGAUUCACCUGUCUUAUGGUCAUUCUCAUCCUGGGGAAUAUAUUUGGAGCUGCAGCAGGUCUUGCCCUUUGCGCUCUGGCCAUCUGGGUUGCAGUAGAUCAAUUCAAGCUCUACCCUAUAUCUGGUGUGUCGGGGAAAGAUGACAUCUUUGCCGGGGCCUGGAUUGCCAUUUUCACAGGCUUUGCCUUCUUCUGCAUGUGCGUCUUUGGUAUCUUGGCUGCUGCGAUGAAGAGCCGUGCCUUAAUGCUAACAUAUCUGAUCCUGAUGUUGAUCAUCUACAUAUUUGAGUGUGCCUCAUGUAUCACUGCAGUCACCCACAGAGACUAUCUGGUUGGAAACAGUAAUCUGGUGAAGAAGCAGAUGCUGAAGUACUAUGCAGCCGACGGUGACUCUGGCAGUCAGAUCACACUGACAUGGAACAAAGUGAUGAAAGAGGUGGAGUGUUGUGGAACGGAUGGCCCAGUGGACUGGAUAGAGUACAACUCCACCUUCAGGGAGAAGUUUGGUACAGACUACCCCUGGCCCACCCACUGCUGCAAGAGGAAGAACAACUACGAUGUGGUGAAUGUGGAGGCCUGCAAGAACGGCCAGAACACCACCGUGUUCACUAAGGGCUGCUUCAACCACAUUGAGUCUGUGUUCAGUCGAUAUACAUGGGCUAUCAGCUGGUAUGGUUUCGCUGUGCUAAUGUUUAUGUUCUUGCUGUUGAUCCUGGCCAUGGUGUACUACCUGAUGCUGUGAGAAGUCUGGAGGUGAUGUCUCUAACCCAUGUUUUUGACUUUCUGCUGAAGCCACACCAACCCUCACUUCAGCAACCACAGUGCCUUGCAAAAGUAUUCACCCCCUUGGCGUUAUUUUGUUGCUUUACAACCUGUAAUUUAAUUUAAAUAGAUUUUUAUUUGGAUUUCAUGUAAUGGACAUACACAAUAUAGUCCAAAUUGGUGAAGUGAAAUGUAAAAAAUGACUUGUUUAAUUUUUUUUUUAAAGAAUUUAAAACGGAAAAGUGGUGCGUGCAUAUAUAUUCAACCUCUUUGCUAUGAAGCACCUAAAUAAGAUCUGGUGCAACCAAUUAUCUUCAUAAGUGACAUAAUUAGUUAAAUAAAGUCCACCUAUGUGCAAUCUAAGUGUCACAUGAUCGGUCACAUGAUCUCAGUAUAUAUACACCUGUUCUGAAAGGCCCCAGAGUCUGCAACACCACUAAGCGAAACCACCAAGCAAGCGGCACUAUGAAGAUCAAGGAGCUCUCCAAACAGGUCAGGGACAAAGUUGUGGAUAAGUACAGAUCAGGGUUGGGUUCUAAAAAUAUAUCUGAAACUUAAAUCCCACGGCGCACCAUUUAAUCCAUUAUUUAAACAUUUUAAGAAUAUGGCACCACAACAAACCUGCCAAUAGAGGGCCACCCACCAAAACUCACGGACCAGGCAAGGAGGGCAUGAAUUAAUCAGAGAGGCAACAAAGAGACCAACGAUAACCCUGAAGGAGCUGCAAGCGGAGAUUGGAGUAUAUGUCCAUAGGACCACUUUAAGCCGUACACUCCACAGAGCUGGGCUUUACGGGAAAAGAGUGGCCAGAAAAAAAUAAGCAAACAGGUUUGGUGUUCGCCAAAUGGCAUGUGGGAUUCUCCCCAAACAUAUGGAAGAAGGUACUCUGGUCAGAUGAGACUAAAAUUGAGGUUUUUGGCCAUCAAGGAAAACACUAUGUCUGGUGCAAACCCAACACCUCUCAUCACCCCGAGAACCCAAGCAGGGUGGUGGCAGCAUCAUGCUGUGGGGAUGUUAGUCAUCAGCAGGGACUGGGAAACUGGUCAGAAUUGAAGGAAUAAUGGAUGGCGCUAAAUAGAGGGAAAUUCUUGUUUCAGUCUUCCAGAGACUUGAGACUGGGACGGAGGUUCACCUUCCAGCAGGACAAUGACCCUAAGCAUACUGCUAAACCAACACUUGAGUGGUUUAAGGGGAAACAUUUAAAUGUCUUGGAAUGGCCUAGUCAAAGCCCAGACCUCAAUCCAAUUGAGAAUCUGUGGUAUGACUUAAAAAUUGCUGUACUCCAGCGGAACCCAUCCAACUUGAAGGAGCUGGAGCAGUUUUGCCUUGAAGAAUGGGCAAAAAUCCCAUACAGACAUACCCCAAGAGACUUACAGAUGUAACAGCUGUAAUUGCUGCAAAAGGUGUCUCUACAAAGUAUUGACUUUUUUUUUGGGGGGGGGGGGUGUAGUUAUGCACGCUAAAGUUUUCAGUUUUUUUGUUUUAUUUCUUGUAUGUUUCACAAUAAAAAAUAUUUUGCAUCUUCAAAAGGGUAGGCAUGUUGUGUAAAUCAAAUUAUACAAACCCCCCAAAAAUCAAUUUUAAUUAUGGGUUGUAAAGGCAAAAAAAAAAGAAAAAUGCCAAGGGGGGUGAAUACUUUCACAAGCCACUGUACCUAAUUUCUUAAAUAACAAAUGUCUGUGGGAAUGAUGACAGAAAAGUGUUUCUGAUAUAUAGACAAUGAACACUGUGUAGGGAUUUUCCAUCUUUUUAGGUAAAUGGUCUCAAAUUUGUAUAUUUUAUUUAUGUUUUUUUUUAAUGGUUUAUUGCACUGUAAAUUCUAGAUGAACAAAUGGUGAUUGGCCUGAAAACUUCAAUGUCCUAACUGCUUUGGUAAUAGGAUAGAUAUAUAGUUCUUAUCAUUAAAUGUACAGUACCAGUCAAAAGUUCGGACACACCUACUCAUUCCAAGGUGUUUCUUUAUUUGGACUAUAAGCUACAUUGUAGAAUAAUAGUGAAGACAUCAAAACUAUGAAAUAGCACAUAUGGAGUCAUGUAGAAUCUAAAAUAUAUUUUGAUUUGUUUAACAAAUUUGUUUAACUUUUUUGGUUACUACAUUAUUCCAUGUGCUAUUUCAUAGUUUUGAUGUCUUCACUAUUAUUCUGCAAUGUAGAAAAUAGUAAAAAAUUAAGAAAAACCCUUGAAUGAGUAGGUGUGUCCAAACUUUUGAUUGAUACUGUAAGAGAAAAUUUAUAUAAACCUUUCAAGAACAUGAUUUACAUGGCUGUUGUGCAUUUCAGAUUUGUAUACCAUGUUCCAUUUCUUGUUGAGUUGUGUUAUAUUAUUAACAGAGAUCCUUGCUCGGGGAUUCUUGAAAUUCAGGACAAUCCUUGUCUGGGAAGGGAGACUAAUUUGUAUGGCUGUUUUUAUUUUUUCAUUAUUUAAGCUUAAAUAUUUAUUUGAGGUAAUUUUCAAAAUAUUUUCAAUAUUAUUGAUUUCCAUGUUGACUAUAUGCCAGGAAAUGCCCUUGUCCAGAGCAAACUCCCUGAAUGUGUCCCCCAAAAAAUGAUGGCAAAAAUGAAAUAACUUAAAGAAUCUCAUGUAGUUGCCUGACUUACAGUAUCUGAAAACUGUGAUUCCUAAAAAAAAUGUAUCAGGAGUUUUGUUCAUCUCCAUCAGAUGUGUCUAUCUUUAUUAAAUGAAUCAGAAAUGAAUGAGCAGGGUCAGCUAUACCAUGACAACCCUUUCUUCAUCUCCUGAUUGCAUGUAGUGCAACAAGACAACGCAUGGUCCUGAAAGUCCUCUACUUUUGAUAGAUUUAAACAAACAAUAUUGAAAUCACCAUGUUCACAACAAUAACCUGUCAACUCCAUCUCCCUUACUGGAUUUAUUUUGGUGCGCUAUGACCAUUCACAGUUGAGCUCACUUAGUUUAGCUCAAUGCUGAUUGGCUAUUAUGUCAAAUAUAUAUAUAUAUCAAGAGAGGCCAAAUGCUCGCUGGCUUCCCUUGUAUUCAAUGCUAGGGGCAGUAACAAUAUCAUAUUAUUUUUUUACCAGACAGCAUCAAAUAGAUGGGCUCACAUACAGUACAGAGACAGAGGGGCUUUGUUUCACUCACUCGGAUGCUUUUGCCGGUGAGAUACAUUCAGCCUCUUGCAAAUUGAAGGAAAAUUAUGAAGCACAGAGAGAGAAAGAUACAUUAUAUAUAUUUUAAAAAAUUCCAUGUUUUGGGGAAGCCUGGCUUCUCUUGGCAUUCAUGACUACAUGCCACUGAGACCAAGCUGAAUUUAAGGGCAUAUAGCCUAUUAUUUUUCCUCAGUGCAAAAUGUGAUAAUACACAAGCUAGAGAACAGGUGUGUCUGUUUAAUGAAAAUCUGGUAAUAUGUGACCAAUUAAAUAUUUUUCGAAAUUUUAAAUCAUCAAAUAUGUUGAAUGAGCAACUAAUGAGUAUAGAGACUGGAAAGCCUCACAAAUUUGACGAAAUUACCUUAGGCCUAUAUCUUUCAUUAUAAACUGGGUGGUUCGAGCCCUGAAUGCUGAUUGGCUGACAGACCGUAUACCAUGGGUAUGACAAAACAUGUAUUUUUACUGUUAUAAUUACGUUGGUAACCAGUUUAUAAUUGCAAUAAAGGCACCUCGGGGGUUUGUGAUAUUUGGCCAUUUGGCCAAUAUAACGACUAAGGGCUGUGUCCAGGCACCCCUGAGUUGCAUUGUGCUUAAGAAUAGCCCUUAGUCGUGGUAUAUUAGCCAUAUACCACACCUCCUAGGACCUUAUUGCUUAAGUCUAAUACGGCUAUUUACUUACUUUUGUAGCUCUUCAUCAGUAACACCCUUUUGUAAGUAGUGAGGACUAACUGUCCUCUCCAAGUUUACCUGGAAUUCAGCCUGAAAGGAUUUAAGAAAUGUGAUUGGUUGACGAUAUGCCUAUGAUAUCAACAAUGAUUGGAGAAGUGUUUAACAUCCUAUGAUAUAAAUUAUGAUAUAUAUUUUUUAAUAAGGGCAACGUAACUGCAAGAGAGUUUGGGAAGUCUGACUGAAAAAGGGACAAAUCAACCUUUAUAAUUUUUUCUUGUGGUGUUUAAUUAAAUUUGAUCAAAUGCGUGACAUGAUUGCGGGACGCGGUACAGAGGACCAAAACGUGGGACUGUCCUGUACAAUCAGGGACAUGUGGUCACCCUACUUAUAGACAGAAUAUGAGUUAUGGUUCAAAUAUGUUCAUUUUAAUUUGGUUUAAGAGUCAUAAAAUAACCGAGUAAAAACUAAAUUGCUGUUAAGUAUACCACUUGAAGGUUGAAGAAAAAUAUGCAAAUUGUCAACUCCAUAAAACAUCAACUCUGUCAGAUUUAUGUCUAAUGUCAACUCUGCCAGGUUGCUGAAAGAUUUGAUAGAACAGUUAUGUUUUUAUUAGGGAAUUUCUAAUGAAUUAUUUUCCAUUAUUUAGAAAAUGUUUGUAUUGAACUUAAAAAUGUCUGUUUGAAGUAUCUGUACUCCAUUAGAGGCAUUUCAACUCUGUCACUAAUGGGUAACCCCCUUAAGAUCGAUACUUUUGUCAAUAUUCUGAAUAAAUACUAAUAUGCUUAAACUGUUGAAAUAUUUGUAUUGAUAUACCUAAGUGAUACUUUUAAUAAAUGUUUUAUGUUCUGCA